AUGAUUGGAAAAAAUUACACUCUGCAGACUGAGUUUAUCCUGUUGGGAUUGGCAGACACGCUGGAGCUACAGAUUAUCCUCUUUCUGCUGUUUUUUGUGAUUUACAUAUUUACAGUUCUGGGGAAUGUUGGAAUGAUCCUCUUAAUCAGGAUUAACUCCCGACUUCACACACCCAUGUAUUUCUUCCUGGCUAACCUGUCUUUUGUAGACGUUUGUUAUUCAUCUACCAUCACUCCAAAGAUGCUGACAGAUUUCUUUUCAGAGGAGAAAACCAUCUCUUUUGCAGGGUGUUUCCUCCAGAUGUACUUCUUUAUAGCCUUGGCAACAACUGAAUGCAUUCUCUUUGGGUUAAUGGCCUAUGACCGCUAUGUGGCCAUAUGUAACCCACUACUUUACUCCGUGAUCAUGUCCAGGACAGUCUGCCUUAGAAUGGCAGCUGGGGCUUUUACAGCAGGAUUGCUGAACUCCGUGGUGAACACAAGUUACGUAAGCAUCAUGCCAUUCUGCGGCUCCAAUGUCAUCCAUCACUUCUUCUGUGACAGUCCCCCACUUUUUAAGCUCGCCUGUUCUGACACACACCUGAACGAAAGCAUCUUUUCCACUUUUGCUGGUGUUAAUUUGAUUGGGGUUCUGCUGGUUGUUCUCACCUCCUACUCUUACAUUCUCUUCUCCAUCUUUCGUAUGCAUUCAGGGGAGGGGAGAAAAAGAGCUUUCUCCACAUGUGCCUCUCACCUGACAGCCAUAAUUCUGUUCUACGCCACCUCCAUCUACACUUAUCUGAGACCUAGUUACAACUACUCCCUGAAUCAGGACAAAGUGGCUUCCGUGUUCUACACAGUGGUGAUCCCCAUGCUGAAUCCUCUUAUCUACAGCCUCAGGAAUAAGGAAGUAAAGAAAGCUUUAUGGAAUGUAAUUAUCAGGAAAAGAAUCUCUUCAUUUCUGUGA